AUGACUGUCUGCAGCUUUUUCCAACAAGGCCGGUGCAAGUAUGGAAAUCGAUGCAAGUUUGAGCACCCAGGCCAGCAGCAACAGACGUUCCAGGGCGGGAACCGAUUUGGCGCACUUUCUGGCGGCGGUGGUGGCUUCAACAACCGUGGACAAAACCAACAACAAUCACAAAACCAGGCCAAUUAUGGGGUGACAGCAACUGAUAUCAAGGCUGACCUACAGGCUGGCAAAGGCCGUCCAGACUGGGUCUUCUCUUGCUAUGGGCCUGGGCGAAAUGCUCCAAGGCAAUUAUUCGGAGGCCCGCAGCGGGAGCUGAGCUUCGAAGAGCUCAGAUUGCGGCAUUAUGAGGCUGCUGCCGUGGGGAACCCUGGACCAGCAAUUCAAGAGGCCGAAACUCUAUAUAACGAGGCCGUAAACCAGAUGGAGGUUGUAUUGAAAAACCUCGAUGACGCCGUCAAGUACAUCACCGAUGGCGCAAAAGAACACCCCAACAGAAUCGACAUCACAAACGGUCAAGCGGCCCCCAGCAAUGCUACCGCCCCGGCGUUCUCUCAGAAGACACCUGCGUUUGGAGCACCUGGGUUUGCUCUGCAAGCGCCUCCUCAGCCGUCGUUUGGUCAGCCAGCGUUCGGUCAACCAUCUUUAGGAGGAGCAUCUGGUUUCGGCCAACCAAGCGCUUUGGGUGCAGCGGCACCUGCAUUUGGUCAACAACCUGCCUUCGGGCAGCCCAGUUUCGGUAAACCCAGCUUUGGCCAGUCGGCGUUUGGUCAGCCAUCCAUGGGAGCCUCGCCUUUCGUCCAAGCAGCCGGUACUGCAUCUUCAUUUUCCCAAAUACCAAAUCAAACGCAGGCUCCAACCAGCGGCUUCGGUCAGCCCUCUCCAUUCGCGCAGGCAGGAUCUGGGUUCGGGCAGUCAGCGGUGACUUCGACAACAACAAGCGGUUUCGGCACACCAGCACUAGCAGGAUCAAACCCCUUCGGUCAACCGCCAAGUAUGCUUAGCUCUAAUCCUCCGCCAUUCCCGGCAGGUGCUGAGCCACCGACACUACCACCAUUCCCAAACUUGAGCGGAGGCUUCCCAUCAGCACCUUCAGGUUUUGGACAACAGCAACAGUCGCAGCCGCAGCCGCAGCAACAGCAACCACAGGCUGCUGCGAUAUCCUCCACACCAGCAGUAGCAAGCUCUGGGGCCUUGGGCCCCGGACCAGCCGCUCUUCUGAGAAUCGAGAACCCCAGCGACCUCAACCCCAUUCCUCCCCUGAACGGACAAACAGUGCGCGAUAACAUGUCCAAACGAAUACUGAGGUGGAAGGGGCAGCCGGUGAAGUAUAUUGACGACGCCCCAUGCUACCUGCAUCCCCAAGACCAGAAGACGGCUGUACGGAUCUUCUUCCCUGACGGGCCUCCAGACAAAGCCACCUUGCGGGAUGCGCAGGCGAAGCCUGAAGAGUAUACCCCUGAGGUGACGGAGCAGUAUGAAUUCUUCCUCAAGAACGGAUACUUCAAGGAUGGAAUUAUUCCUCGUGUACCGCCCAAGACGGAGUGGGUUAGCUUUGACUUUUAG